AUGGCAUCCACAACUCUCUCCACAACAACAUGCUUCACUUCCUCAGAAGCAUUCAAACAUCCUCUCCCUCAAAUCCGACAAUUCCACCGCGAUCUCACCACCGAACUUGAUGAGAAAAAUGCACGUCUACGUACAUUGGUCGGAGGUAGUUAUAGACAAUUACUUGGAACCGCCGAGCAAAUCCUACAAAUGCGCAAGGAUAUCCGUGAAGUGGAGGAAAAGUUGGGGAAAGUAGGAAGGAUGUGGAAGAAAUGUAUUGGUUGGGAUGGUCUCUGGAUUAGGAAAUUACAGGAGAAAUGAAGAAUGGGAGAAAAGGGGAAGAGAUGAGGGACUGGCUAGAGUGAAGGGUUUGGGUAUGUGUGGGAUUGUAGUUGGGAAACUUUGAGGAGGCAGGGGAGAGGGAAGAGUUUGGUGGUCGCGGCGAAAGUGUUGGUUUGGAGUCGGUUGUUGGCGAAGAGUUUGGAGGGUUGUGUGGAUAGUGUAGAUAGGGAGUUUGUGGAGGAGGCAAAGAAGAAGAGGGUGGUUUGACGAAACGACUGUUACGAGCAGUUGAGAAGACAUUAGUCUCAACCAAGGAUGGUGAAGAUAGAGAAGAUCUAGUACAGGCGCUUUGCGCAUAUAGUCUUGCUACGAGCUCUGGUGCGAAAGAUGUUCUACGACAUUUUCUAAAUGUCCGAGGGAACAAUGGCAUUAUCAUUCGAAGACGAAGAGGAAUCGGAUCAAGAGACAUCAGGUGUUAUGCGGGCCUUGGAGAUUUACACGAGAACUCUACUUGAUGUACAAGAAUUGGUACCGAAGAGACUUAGCGAAGCAUUGGCUGCGCUGAAAACGAAACCUUAUUGAAAGAUGAAAGUAUUCGAGAUUUGGAGGGAUUAAGAUUAGAUGUAUGUGAGCGGUGGUUUGGUGAUGAAAUUCUUUACUUUACACCUUAUGUUCGACAUGAUGAUUUGGAAGGAUCAUUAGCUGUUGAUACAUUAAGAGGUUGGGCGAAGAAAGCAUCAGAGGUACUACUGGAAGGAUUUACAAAGACUCUUCAGGGAGGCUUGGACUUUAAGGUAGUAGUUGAAUUACGAACGAAGAUAUUGGAGGUAUGGAUAAGGGAUGGAGGUAAAGCAAGAGGAUUUGAUCCGUCUAUACUUCGAGAUGGUUUACGUGGCGUUGUUAACAAACGGCUUGUAGAGUUAUUGGAAACUCGAGUUGGCAAACUUCAUCUAGUGGGAACAGAGAUAGAAUCCACGUUGGCAACAUGGGAUAAAGGGAUUACUGAUCACCAUGCUAGUCUAUGGGAUGAAGAUAUGAUGGCAACGGAACUCAGCAAUGGAGGUAAUAUUUUCAAACAAGAUAUUAUCGCUCGUACCUUUGGACGUAAUGAUACUGUUUCAAGGGUAGUCAACAGUUUUCAGACUUGGAGGCAUCUCAUUGAGGAAAUAGGUACUGUUAUUGAUGAAUUGAAGAAACAAAGAUGGGACGAUGAUCUAGAAGAUAUCGAAGAUGACGAAAGUCUUGACUCGCGACAAAAUCUUCUUAGUAAGGAGGAUCCGCAGAUGCUACAAGGUCAUCUUGAUUCAAGUUUAGAAAAAGCUUUCCAGGAGUUACAUACGAAAAUUACAACAUUUGUGGAGCAAUACAAGGAUAGCGAGCAUAGCGGAAAGAUAUCAAUGUAUAUCUUGCGAAUUUUACGAGAUAUCCGAGCAGAGCUACCCUCAAAUCCAUCACUACAAAAAUUCGGUCUUUCACUAGUUCAAUCACUACACGAGAGUCUUGCUAGCACCGUUUCCGAAAAAUCAAUCUCAUCUCUAGCAAAAUCACUAGAGAAAAAAAGUCGCAGGAAGAGCAUUAUGGGAAGGAACACCAGAACUUCCAGUUCAACCUUCACCUGCUACAUUUAAAUUUCUUCGUGGUUUAUCAACUUCUAUGGCUGAUGCCGGAGCAGAUCUUUGGAGUCCUGUUGCUAUUAAGACUUUGAAAGUGCAUCUCGAUUCCCAAGUUAAGGAGAAAUGGAGUAAGGUCUUGCAAGAGAAGACGGCUAGUAAUGAAAUAACUGCUUCUUCCAUUGAUACAUCUGAUGCUCAAAAUUCCGCGGAAACAGAAGAGUCAGAAAAAGAAGUUCAUUCCAAAGUGGAUGGAGAACUAGAUGAAGAAAAACAAAAAGAUCUAUUGAAACAAUAUUUAUUCGAUAUUUUUGUCUUACAACAAGCUUUAGCGUCACAAUCUAAACAAUCUGGGGAUAUGGAAAAGGGGAUUACAGGGAUGAAACUUAAGGAUUUGAGUGAGGAGAUAGAAGUGAAAAUAAAACUUGAGAUGCAAGAGAGGAAACGGGUGGGAAGUGCAGCGAAGGAGUAUUGGAAGAGGACGGGGCUUUUGUUUGGAUUUUUGGUGUAGGAGAUAGGUUUCGAGUGAGUGGAAGUGUCUGUGGUGGAGAAGCGUGAGAUUUAAUGAUAUACCAAUUCAUCCAUCGUAAUAUUGUAAAAGUGGUAGGUCGAGAUACGUGCGUCCUGAUAGCAAGUUGUGAGGGGGGAUUAGAAGAGAAAGUUGAAUUAGAUUACAUCGUAAUACAUCACUUAUGGAGAAAACGAAGUUCACAAUGGUUUUGGGGUUGAAGCUAGAUGGGU